GUCUUCAGGGGUCCCAGGUCGGAGCAGGUGUCAGGUCGCGGCUUGUUCUCAGGCGGCGGCGGCGUCGCCCCCUGGAUUUGCAAGUCAAACUGCCGGUUGCUCCGGCCGAAGCUGCCCGGCGCUGUGGUCCUACCGGGAGAAUACCGCCGGGGCGGCUUGGCGUUCGGAAGCAGAAUACUGAGACACGGCACUGGCGUCUUUGCCAGGAGAUCGAUGUUCAUAACAACUGCUUCCUGCAGCACCGAACCGACGAGAACGGAGCCUGCUGCUCGGGGAGCGAGUGCCCCCGUCGGAGCCGGACUGUUCCGUUGUGUCUGCUGGAGUUUGGCCGCUGACUUCUCCGAAGUGGUCGCUGUCGGAAGUCUCUCUCGCCGUCCGGGAGCGGUGCCGGCGGUGUGGUUGUCCCCUGAGAACUCAGAGACGGGUGUCUUUUUGUCCCGAGUGGGAGUGAGAGUUUGAUCUGAGUUUCGCCGUGGGCCGCGUCCGCGAGGGGUGGCGUGAAGAACAGCGUCUCUCGGAAAUAAAGCAGAAUGAGUUAUACAGAAAAACCUGAUGAAAUCACAAAAGAUGAGUGGAUGGAAAAGCUCAACAACUUACACGUGCAGCGAGCAGACAUGAAUCGCCUCAUCAUGAACUACCUAGUCACAGAGGGCUUUAAGGAAGCUGCAGAGAAGUUUCGAAUGGAGUCCGGGAUUGAGCCUAGUGUGGAUCUAGAAACCCUUGAUGAGCGGAUCAAAAUCCGUGAGAUGAUCCUAAAGGGGCAGAUUCAGGAGGCAAUCGCCUUGAUCAACAGCCUCCACCCAGAACUGCUGGACACCAACCGCUACCUUUACUUCCACCUGCAGCAACAGCACCUGAUCGAGCUGAUCCGCCAGCGGGAGACCGAGGCGGCGCUGGAGUUCGCGCAGACGCAGCUGGCGGAGCAGGGGGAGGAGAGCAGGGAGUGCCUGACAGAGAUGGAGCGCACGCUGGCCCUGCUGGCCUUCGAUAAUCCCGAGGACUCGCCCUUUGGAGAUCUUCUGAAUAUGAUGCAGAGGCAGAAGGUGUGGAGCGAAGUGAACCAGGCUGUCCUGGAUUAUGAGAACCGGGAGUCAACACCCAAACUGGCCAAGUUACUGAAAUUGCUCCUUUGGGCUCAGAAUGAGCUGGACCAGAAGAAAGUAAAGUACCCCAAAAUGACAGAUCUCAGCAAAGGCGUCAUCGAGGAGCCCAAGUAGACCUGUGUGGGGACCCCGUGUGUCAUCACACGGACUCGCUGGAAUGUCCGGCUUGACUGGGAGAUUUUUACUGCAGUAGAAACUCUUAUCCCCCCUUUACUUUUGGGGAGCCCAGCACCUUUUUUAAAGGAAUAAUGGCCCUUUUGAGCGCUGGAAAGCUUGCAGUGAAUGACACCUUGUCUUCGGAAGCCUGGUGCCGACCGCAUGCGGCACAUCCUGAAGGUAGUGGCAGUGGCCCCUGGCGCUUGAGGUGUCCUGCUCCUGAAGGGUUCCCUGGCCACUGCACUGUCCUGUUAUGGACACCAGUGACCCUCCAGGCCCCCCAGAGUCUACGGGAAGCACUGGUCAUUGUCCUGCUUUCUGAGAGCUUGUGGGCAGAUGACACGCGUUCUUCAUUCUCCUGUCUCCGCGUACAAGUUGCCCUUUCACCUGGCCUUUGUUUGUUUUUUCAUGACAGAGACUAUAUAAACUUGUAAACCCUAACUCAAAGACUUCUUGUGUGUGAGGGCAUCGAGUUUGGUUUGUUUUCCCUUCGGUCUGGGUUGUGUGGCUUUGGGGGACACGUGUGUGUGAUGGGUGGGCUGUGUGUUUUUUAAUUUUUCAAAUAUAUAUUUUGGUGCUGUCUGUGGUUAGAGACUCUUUCCUGGUGGAUUAACAAACCAUCUCUUCUGCGCAGUUCUAUUGAAAAUAAAGGUUAUGCUUUGAUUUCGAGAAUGACCAAAAUGCCUCUAAAAAA